AUGGAAUUAGAAGAUGGUUUAGAUGAUUUGUUGGCCGAAAUUGUUGAACCGACCUCCCCUAAGAGACCUAGAACAGAGCAAGAUGAUUUAAAUUGUGAAAUACCAGGAAUUUCAAAGGAAAUUUCAAAACCAAAUUCUUCAAAAACACAUUGUGUAUUAGUAAAUCAGAAGCAGCGAGGUAAUCCUCUAUUAAAGUUCAUUACAAGUGUUCCUUGGGAAUAUGAUGAUAUACUUCCAGAUUACGAGAUAGGCAAGACCAUUUGUAUUCUUUUUCUGUCUGUACGCUACCAUAAUUUGAACCCAGACUACAUUAAUAACCGAUUGAAGGAAUUAGGGAAAAAGUAUGAAUUACGGGUUCUUUUAGUACAGGUUGAUUUGAAAGAUCCUCAUACAGCACUGAAAAAUCUUACGAGAGUCUGCCUUUUAACGGACCUCACACUUAUGCUAGCAUGGAGCCCUGAAGAAGCAGCUAAAAUAAUAGAAAAUUACAAAAUAUUUGAGAACAAACCACCUGACCGGAUAAUGGAGAAAAUUGAAAAUGAUCCUCAACAAAAGAUAAUAAACGCGCUAUCCUCCAUAAAGCCAGUCAAUAAAACUGAUGCCAUGACACUGUUAACAACAUUUGGAACGUUAGAGAAUAUUAUUAAAGCGACCGAAAGGAGGUUGGCCGAUUGUCCAGGUUUUGGGAUAACAAAGGCAAAGAAACUAUACAGAGCCCUUCACGAACCAUUUCUUAAACGAGGACAUGUUAAGGAAAAAGAAUCAACACAAAGUGAACAGUUUACAGACGAGCUUAAUGUGGAAGAAAUUGAGAAAGCUGAAAAUGAAAUUGCCAACCAGCAG